GAUCACAUUACAGGUAGCUAAUAUACAGUACAGCAGAUAUUAUACAAUGGAAAUGUGAAUAUUGUUUUUUUUUUCAUAACCACUGAUAUCUUUUCUCUUGUCAUUUCAGAAUCAUUUGGCAAAUAAUUCAAACAAUUUACAACUAUAUAUAUGACAAAAUCUUUAGAUUCGCUUAUUUUAUCAGUUCAAAGCGCAUCCAACAUGAAACAGAUCAGUACUUUUUUGAAAAAGAGGAUAUUGAAAAACAGGAUGAAAAGCUUGAUGAACCGGAUUUCCCUAAACUCGGCAAAUGUUGCUCAAUACUUCUUAUUAUUGCACUUGCUUUCCUUAUGGCAGUGAGUAAUACGGACAACAUCAUUUAUAAAUCUGUCCGUCCCUACAUAGAAGAGGAAUUCGAAAUAACGGACUUUUAUUCGUCAGUUAUAACUCUAAUGUUUGUUGGCAGCUGUGCAACCAUGGCCCCGAUAUUAUUUUAUUUCUGGAGUACCUUCACCGGACUAAGAGUAAUAUCAGGAAUUGUCGCCGUAAUGGUCAUGUUCGGCAUUGGCAGUACUUUAGUUUCAGAGAAGUCAUUCUGGACGUUUGUGUUACUUCGAAGUCUCAUGGAAUCCGUAAAAAGCCAUUAUUUAGCUGCUGCUCCAAUGCUGGUAGCAGAACUUUUUGAUACUGACCAACGACAUUGA